AUGGGAGGCAUUGUUGAUCGAUCACGGUGUGUAACUAUUCACGAUGCCUCAACAGAAUCUGCGGACGAACAUCACGGGGACAUAAAUGCCAAUAUGGCAGCCCCCUCAUCUUCUCCAACCCACUUCGACGAGGCCAUUUGGCCAGUCGACGACGUUCAAAUCGCAGAAAACAGAGGAAUGCUUAACAAGGACCACUGCAUCAUAAUUCAGGGUCUCCCAGAGUCCUCCGCCAGUACCCGCAGGGGACGAGUCGCUGCUGACUUAGAGCAAUUCCAGAAACUCCUAAAUGAAAUGCUGCAACCAACAGAAGAUGUCACAGUCCUAAAGGCGUUUCGUCUUGGUAGCCGUACAAAUUUCGUUCGGCAGACGCGACCACGACCCCUAAAAAUCGUCCUAGGUAGCAAUGAGCAGGCGAAACUAAUCCUUUCCAGGCGUUUUCGAUUGAAGCAUUCCCAUAAUGGAGUGUUUUUUGCAGCCGGACUACUCACCUGCCGAGAGAAUGAAACGCCGCGAACUUGUCCUAAAAUUAAGAACACGGCAAACCAACGGAGAAGAAAACUUGACAAUCUACAAAGACCGGAUUGUCAAGCGACAUUCCGCUCCACUCUGGAUCAAGCCGAUCCGAAUGACCGCACAGCUACCCCAGUAGCCCUUGUCGAGGUUGAAAACAAAUCUCGCAUGAGCUCGAAACUCAUAUUCAUGUAUACCAACGCGCAAAGUGUACUUUCAAAACUGGACGAACUCCGUAUCCAUACCUAUGACCUCCAUCCAGACGUAAUCUCAAUAACCGAAACAUGGUUGCCCAAACAGGUUGAUGAUAGGGAACUCAUGCUCCUUGGAUUUCAACUGCUCCGCCGAGACAGAGAAAACGGAAGGGGCGGAGGCAUAGUUACACUUGUUAGGAAUGGCUUGCAGGUUUCAGAAAAAACUGCCCUAGUGACUUGUAGUACCGAAGCAGUAUGGCUGACAGUAAGGGCUCUGGGCUCUCAAAGUCUCGAUAUCUUUACAUUAUAUCGCCCCCCGAGAAAUGACCCUGACGCAGAUGCCCAACUGCUGGAGGAGCUUCGGUUAUUUUCAACGCGGCCGACUACUCUCAUUGUUGGAGAUUUUAAUGCACCUCACAUAAACUGGAGCUCAGCCUCAGCCGACUGCUCUGAAGCAGCAUUUGACCAGCAGCUACUGCGUACCUCCGACAACCUGCUUCUCACCCAACGCGUAAUGUUUCCAAAGAGAAUUCAAGAGGGCCAACAAAUGAACUGCCUUGAUCUUGUGUUCACCAAGUCGUCCGACAACAUCGACGUUGUAAAUUGCCUCCCCCCGUUGGGUCAGAGUGAGCAUGUAGUUCUCAUGUGGGAAUACACCUUAUUCUCCCUGCCUGCACAACCUCUCGAUUCCCGACCUAAUUUUUGGCGCGGCGAUUUCGAACAGAUGAAAAAGGAUCUUAGUCCUAUCGACUGGGCAUCCACUCUCUCCGGCGAUGUCGAAAAGGCUUGGUGUCAGCUCAAUUCAAUUCAAUUCAAUUCAAUUAUUUUAUUAAAGACCCGUCGGGGUCCCAUCAAAGCAAGUAAAAAUAAAUUUACAUGCAAAUUUUAG